AUGAAAGUAAACAGUUUGAAGUCUAAGAAAACUGCACUUACCAAAACUGUGAGGAAAACCUUGCUUCUUCAAGGAAAGUGUAGUAAAGUGCAUGUAAGGAAACAGGAAUUAAGCAAAGUACUCGGGAGUGAAUUUGAGGAUUUGUAUCAUGAGAUCAAAGAAGUUGCUCAGGGUCAAGAAAUUGUUUCGGUUAAUGCCAUUUGGGAGCAAGUGCACAGUGAAUGGAGAAAUUUUGAAAGUGAUGUAAUGGAGGAAAUAAAGUACUUGGAGCAAGCAACAUUGGAAUCUUGUUCUACAAGCUCUAAGGGCUCGAAUAGGAGCAAAAUAAGUAAACAAAGUGGUCAGUCUACCACUAACUCUGAAUCCCAGACUAAGAUUGUUAAAUAUGAGCUUCAGAAGGAAAAGGCAGCCUUAAAGGUCAAGAUAGCCUUCGCUAAGCAAGAAAGGGAACUGAAAUUGGCAAAGGUACAUCAGGAACAAAAGCUGGAGGAAUUUGAACUGUUGAGAGAAUUUGAACUUAACUAA